UUCCAUCGUCAACCUUCCACUUUUCGUAUCUUUCUUCGGCGGACAUAGUCGACGUGGGCCUCUCCAGGCUGUCGUCAGAAGCCUCGCCGUGAUUCUGGCCAGACGUUAUGCAAGUUGCGGCAAGAAGAGCUUUGAAGGCCUUCCAAUUGCUAUCUGAAAGAGGCUGCACUUUGGGUCAGCUCGUGGUCUCUCGUUCUAAUCAUCGGCUCUUGGCCACAAGUUCUGAUGAAGGGACUUCUAUUGAUUCAUUGGAGUUUGUGCAAUGCCAUAAUGGAGGGGGACUUUUUCACAAGUCUGCAUGCAUUGAUCCAACUGUACGUAUAGAAACUGGUGCAAUAGUACAUCCAGAUUCUGUCCUUGAUGCAGAUGUUCAUGUUGGAUCUGGAACCAUUGUUGGACCUUCUGUGUCUAUUGGGAAGUCUACAAAAGUAGGGUACAAUGUUGUCUUAAGCAAUUGUACUGUGGGCUUGUUCUGCGUAGUCCACAGUGGUGUCUGCAUUGGUCAAGAUGGGUUUGGAUUUCUUGUGGAUGAACAAGGACAUGUAGAGAAGAAGCCCCAAGUGCUUCAUGUAAGGAUUGGGGACCAUGUGGAGAUAGGUGCCAAUACAUGCAUAGAUAGGGGCAGUUGGAGAGACACAGUUAUAGGUGAUCAUACCAAAAUAGACAAUCUUGUUCAGAUAGGUCACAAUGUAGUCAUUGGGAAAUGUUGCAUGCUUUGUGGACAAGUUGGCAUUGCUGGUUCUGUGACGAUGGGAGAUUAUGUCACUUUGGGAGGGAGAGUAGCUGUACGAGAUCAUGUUUCCAUUGCUUCGAAGGUUCGACUGGCAGCAAAUAGCUCUGUCACAAAGGAUAUCGUGGAAUCGGGUGACUAUGGUGGUUUUCCGGCAGUCCCUAUCCAUGAAUGGCGCAGACAAUCUGCAAAACUGCGCAGAUUUUGUAAGGGCGAUGUGUCUUAGAGAAUAGCAUUCUUCGUUUAUCUUGGAUUUAGAACUCAUGCCUUGACUUAAUAUGAACGUAUUUGAAGUGUCAGUGCAAAUUGGGCUGAGAUCAGCUUCAUCACUAAAGUUCGGAUGAAGAAGAAAACAGGCAGUGCCGUUGCCAUAUAUGCAAACAUAGUGAUUCAUGAUUUCCAUUUUUCUCCAGCCACACAUGAUCAAAUAUCCCAGUUCUAUUUUUGCAAUGUAACUUGAACUCCUGUUAGUUGAGUUACAAAUAUAAUCUGAAGUAGGAAGCUUGUACCCUAGUUGGUGGUUCAGGAUCAUUUUAA